ACCCCCACACAUCAUAUAUCCCAUCAGUCCAGACCGCCCCCACCGCUCCAUAGUCGAAGUGACUCUUCAUCAUCAUCUAUCCCAUUCAUGCAUCAAACUCCUGUCCCUGCGCAGUCUUUUUCCAAUAUGAUCACUCCUUCAUCGUCGCAAGCAACCUUUCCGCCCUCUUCGCCUCAACUUCUAUCGCCUGCUCUCUCAACAGGUGAUGGCGAGAUUGUGCGUCCAAAGUCUCUCGUUAAGGGACGUAGUAAGUCGAGGGGAAGGAGAGUGUCAUUCGUUCUAAAUGACGAUCAUCGUCCACGCUCUGUUGAUCGUCCCUCGACUUCAGAGAAUCGAGGCAGAAGGCGUCACGACUCGCCCGUCGAUGAAUUGGAUGCCUGGGUAACUGAAAAUCGAUCCGGUCAAGAUACGAGCGAUAAACAGGGGUCACGUCCUAUGAAAAACGAGCAUGCAUCACAUCGCCCACAGUCCUCUAUAAGACGUGUGGCUGCAAGCUCGAUGGACGAGAUCUCAAAAAGCACGAAACGGUCUCAGGUUGUCGACGAUGAAUCUUCGACACCAAUAGAAUCUCGAGGCCAACAGAUAGAAAGGGGUCGAACGCCUGGUCCACCCAAUAGGCAAGAAGUUUCUGAGACUUCAGCGCUCUCCAAACGUGGCAGGAGCCGUUCGAUUGUUGCAGCCGAUAAACCAUCGCGAGCGAAGAAAUGAUAACAGUGAAAAAAAUCCGCUUACUGAGCAGAGCUAGAUGUGACCAAUCAGUUUGUAUAUUGUAGUAUCUUUAUUGUUUAUUUUUUUUUGUGAUUUGAUUCUAUGCAGUGUCUUCAACGGUAGCAUGUUGAACGUGGCAGAUCCAUGGAAUAUCAAUCACGAUCCACGCGAAUACGAUGUGAUAAUUCAAUUCAGCUAAUUGUAGGACGGUGGAUCCGUACUACAGUAAUUCGUUACCUCCGGGAAUUUUUACCAAAGUUUUUCCAACGACCUUUUCUGGAAAGAUUUUACUCAGGUGCUAGUCUCCGCAAAGGUUAUUGUCUUUACAAUAACCUAAAGAUUAUCAUUUUACCUCGCUAUUAACCGACAGCAUGGAUAACACUAGUUAGGCUCCGAUGUGAAUGAAUACAAUCCU